ACGUCAUCAGAGCGCGUCAUCCCGGCUAGCAGCAGCAGCAGCAGCGUAAACCACUGACCUUCUUCUCUUCGGCCUCGUCGCUCGUCCUGGAGCCCGACGAGGACCUUGAAUGAUUUGCAGCAGUUAGUCCUUUUUUGCGAAUUCGUUUUUAUUGCACAGCCAUGCCGUCAACGGUGGAACUCCCCACGGCGCAGGAGCUCAAAGUGGAUGAGGUCAAUGUGUCGUCUGCAGUGCUGAAGGCUGCUGCCCACCAUUUUGGCUCCCAGUGUGACAAAGCCAACAAGGAGUUCAUGCUCUGUCGCUGGGAGGAGAAGGACCCAAGAAAAUGUAUAGAAGAAGGGAGGAAAGUCAACGAGUGUGCACUCAACUUCUUCAGGCAAAUCAAGGGGAACUGUGCCGAGUCAUUCACUGAGUACUGGACCUGUCUGGAUUAUUCGAACUUGGCGGAGCUGCGCCACUGCCGUAAGCCUCAGCAGGCCUUCGACAGCUGCGUCCUCGAUAAGCUGGGAUGGGAGAGACCCGCGCUCGGGGACCUAUCGAAGGUGACCAAAGUGGCGACCGUGCGACCCCUCCCCGAGAACCCGUACCACUCUAGACCACGUCCUGAGCCCAACCCGACCAUCGAGGGUAAACUGGAGCCUUCCAAACACGGCAGCAGGUUAUUCUUCUGGAGCUGGUGAGGCAGCACUAGAAAAGUCAAGUCACCUUCCAUCGCCAGGGGCUCUGUCCAAAAAACUGCUGUGGACUUCAUGUGACCAUCGCUACAUCUGUGUUAGUUGUAAAGGUUUAAAUCUCCCAGGUACAGAUGCUGGUUUCUUGGCUCGUUUGUGUUAGUAAAGUCUGAGAGUUGGUUUUUGGACAGAGCUCGUGUCUCCAGCAGCUAUACUGAACCUCCAGCAUCUUCAUACAGUCUGAUAAAGGAAGGAAGGAAGGAAGGAUGGAUGGAUGAUUGUGUGUCCAUGAAUCCAUACAGCUUUCCUCACCAAUAAUGUAAAUGUAACGAGUGAACAAAUGCAACACGCUGUUAUUGUUGUAGUCAACUAAUAAAAGAGAUAAAUUAUAA